AUGUGGCUUCUUUCCCACGACGGCGGCCUUUUUGAAGGCAAACGUCUCUGGUUACGACCCGGCUCACGACACCUUUUCGGCCGCACCAACCCUCCUAAGAACCAUGAAGCGCCCGGAGACACUGUGUACACUAUUGACACCAAGACCGUGUCACGGCAACACUUGAUAAUUGAAGUGAAGCCUGUUGAGCCUGGCACCGGUUAUAAGUACGACUUCAAGAGCCAGGUCGUUAUCACGGACUCGUCGAGAUUCGGCUCGCAGCUCGAUGGCGAGCAAUUCAAGGACACGGAGAAGAUUGUGGGAGGCAGGACAAAGGGUGCGAACGCUUUCGCAAUCAAGCUGGGAAAAUGGGAUCAGCUGUUGCGACUUGAGUGGCAGCAAGUCAAUAUCUGCUACAGCACUAUCUCAUCCAAGGCCAAGGCUAGCAACCCGAAUGAUCCUCUAAAGGAUGUACAUGACCGUCUGGAGCCUUUCGAUAUAAAGAUUGGUUUUGAUUACAACCCUUCACAUACGACGCAUGUCGUGGCUAACAAGCGCAACACCCCCAAGGGCCUCCAAGCGCUUGUUAACGCAAAGCACAUUGUCACAGAUGCGUAUGUGGAUGCUAUUGAACAGCAAGUCGCGCGCCCGAAAGAUGCUGGGCAAGACGUUAUGCCAAUUGAAAAGGACUUCGACAGUCACUGGCCCGAUGCAAUGAGCUUUCUUCCUGCUAAAGGAAAAGAGCCCGUGGCCAGACCAGCGGGCUACUUUAAGCCGGACAAGGAAAGGGAGAGUGUUUUUGCCGGCUACACGUUUAUCUUCUGCGAUAAGACACAAUUUGAGAAUCUUCAACCUCCCAUUUCACAGGGCGGCGGAAAAGCCUUGCAUCGCGAACUGGAUAUGACAUCUUCAACGUCUUAUGAUUUUGCGCGGUACGUCAAGAAUGUCGCAGGCGAAAAAGGCAUGGGUGAAUUUGAAGACGGUAGCGAAGGAAAGGGCGUCGUGGUGGUAAGAAGAGGCAGAGGUGAAGGCCAAGCGGCGGAGGAAUGGGCUAAAAGGUUCUUCCCUGAAGUGGACCUAAAACUGGGACAGAGGAGCAUCGAGCAGAAUGAGUUUCUCGAUGCCAUCCUGACAAAUGAUGCGAGCGUGCUGAGGAGGCCGCUGGAGGAGGAGGAAAUUGUUUCGAGUAGCAUUCCAGCUCCUCCGGCAAGUUCAGCUCUUCCAUCGGCUGCUCCUUCACAGCAGUCCAACGCUCGUAGCAGGUAUCAGUCUCAAUCCCAGUCGGUCCCUCCAUCAGACGGCAACGACCCUCCUGCAACAUCUCAACCUCCAGCUACUCAGCGCCGCCGCGGUCCUCGUCGUGGCAUCGCAGUAUCUCGCUUUAAAGGGUUCGAUGAUGAUGACGAUAUUGAACUCUCCAAAAUCCCACCCGCAGACGAUGACGAACCUAUGGAAGACCCUCUGCCAAGCCAGACUCAGGGAGCCGCCUCCCAGUCACAGAUGCCCGCUUCUUACGGGGUCAGGACAUCACCGGUUUCCCAAUCCCAGUCACAGUCGAGGACAGCGAGAGGAAGAAAGAGACCACAUGAGUCUAGCCCAGUUCAAGAAGAGCCAGAAGAAGAGCCGCCCGAAGACGAUGCCAACAAUCUUGUAGAUAAGCUGUUGCCUGCUGCAACCGCUAUGAAGCGACGUCGGUUGGAGCAACAGCUGCAAGAAUCGGCGCAGGAAAGGGAGGAGACUCCUGUCGUAUCCGAAGCGGCAGAAGAGCCAGCAUCUCACAAGAGGAAACCAGGCGCGAAAGCCGCUCCAAAAGCCGCAAAAAAACAGAAAAAAGAUAAAUAUGACCCUGAGGUUCUGGAUCCGAUAACGGAGCGGCGAGAAAUGCAAGAUGAAGAACGCAGGAAAGACGAAGAGAGCUUGAGGAUGGCACUAGAAGGCAUGGAUAUCGAGCACAUGACAAACCUCGCCAAAGUGGAAGAAAUGGAGAUCAAACCUCGAAGCGCUCAGCCCGGCGAGACCGACAUGACUGAAGAACAGCGAGCCGCCGAAGAGGGCAGAUGGAAGGAUGAAUGGAAUGGACGAAAGAACUUCAAGAAGUUCCGCAAGAGGAGACCAGGCAACCAGGCGGCAGACAAUCGAGAGAUACGCAGAGGCCACAGAGUUAUAGUCACGCUGGAAGAGGUCCGAAAGGAUGAACUCUCCAUGACGGACGCCUUGUUCGAAAGCAGCGGGCAACCCAACCCAGCCUCACAAUCAGCGUCGAGCGCCCCUCGUCAAGGCAAACGCCAGCGGACCAAGCAGCGCCACACGAGAAACGUAGCAAAUGAGUCAGACGACGACGACGAAGAUGACGAUGAUAUGUUCACACGCACGGCCAGCCGCACCUCUCGCCGCGGCAGCCGCACAACGCAAAGCCAGACGCCGUCGUCGUCGGCGCGGGCAAGCCAAAGCCGGCGCGGCGGCCCCGCCUCCGCCAUCGUCAUCGACGCCGACGACGCCACGGAGAUGCAGGACGUCGAGCCCGAGGAGAUAGCGGGCCAGCCGCGCAACGAGAAGCUCGUCGAGCUGAUUGAGGAAACGCAGCUCUCGGGGCGGCAGCAACAGCAGCAGCGGAAACGCGUGCCCAAAGGCAAGGGCGCGAAAGCCUCAACUGCAGCAGCGGCGGCGGGCAGCACGUCCCCCGAGUCGACGCGGAGCACGACCACGCGGUCGACGCGCGGACGCAGGGCCGAGACGCCGUCGCAGCUGUCUGCUGCGAGUCAGACUCAGGCGGACACGGAGGCAGAUGCGGACCCGGAGGCAGAUACCGAGGUCCAGGUGCCGCGCAGCACGGCUGGGAGCACGAAAGCGGCGGGCCGAGCGAGGGGGAAGAGGGGCGCGAUGGGGCCGCCGGCGGGGGCGCAGGAGCCGCCCGCGAGGAAGCGGAGGGGUGGGGGUGGGGGGGAGGACGAGGCCGGGGAGGAUGAGUUGAGGUUUCAGUUUCGGCGGAGGAGGGGGUAG